GGUACGCCGUACGAGAUCCUCCUCGAUAACGCUAAGUACAACUUAGGGGAGGUAGAGGCGUUGCUUCGUAAGUACGGCGUCGCUCGUCUAUAUAUCUUACUAUACUAUCCGGAAUCUAUAGCUAUCGUUAAAGUUAAGUACAAACCUAUUAUUACGGCGCUUAGUAAGAUAACCGACGGAGGCAAGACAUCCUAG